AACUCGUAGUUUAUGAAAUUAAUUGUUUGAUUCCCUCCUUUUCAUGAUUAUCAUCAGACGAUUUCGAUCUUAGUGAACCUAUCAUGUCGAUAUAAAUCCAUUCACAUGCAUGCAUGCAUCUGUUCAUUUUUUUUUAAUUUUAUUUUCGAAUCUUCUGUUGAUUAAUAAUAAUAUAAUAUAUCAUUGUUACAACAUGGAUAAAUCAUUUUUCGAAACGCCAUACAUCAACGAUGAUAAAACAUGUGCAACAUUCAAGUUUUUCUUUGAAGAUCACACGUUAGCUAAUGUUCUAAGGAAUCAAAUACUAGAGAAUCCAAACGUUGAAUUUUGUGGUUAUUCCAUACCACAUCCAAGUGAAGAAUAUUUUCAAUUACAAAUUCAAACACGUAAUGGUUUAAAUGUUUAUGAUGCCCUGUUGAAUGGUUUUGAAGAGCUAUCUAAACUUUGUGAUAAGACAAAAAAAUUAUUCAUAGAAGCUGUUGAUAAAUUUAAAAUUGAUAAUAAUAUGUCUUAACAUAAUAAAAAUAUAUAUAAUUUCAAAAGAGAAAUUUUUUCUUUUAUCUAAUAUCAAUACAUGCAUUCAGUAGCUGUUAGAUAUUGCCGUUCAUUGCUUGAUUGGUACUUAGUUAUCAUU